CAGUGGGGUGGGCCGCAUUUCUUUAACACCCGCAACCGCAAGUGAUCUAAACCUUCUCCAACUUCCUCUAUAAAAUGCACAGGUUAUUCGCUCGUUCUCAAACCCUCACCGCCUUUUGAGUUUCGGCUUAAACCCUAGCCGCUCCAUUUCUCUCUGAGGCUCUUGUGUUAUCUGAAAACUGUGAUCUUUCAAAAUGGCUUUCUGUAACAAAAUUGGGAGCCUCUUGAAGCAUAACAUUUCCCAGACUGGACAAGCACCCAUGACAGCAAUGCUUAAUUCUGUGCGCUGCAUGUCUUCCAAGCUUUUUGUUGGAGGCCUUUCAUUUGGAACUAAUGAUGAGUCUCUUAAGGAGGCAUUCUCAAGCUUUGGUGAUGUGACUGAGGCAAGAGUUAUCACGGACAGGGAUACUGGAAGGUCUAGGGGUUUUGGAUUUGUUAACUUUGCCAGUGAUGAUUCUGCCAGUUCAGCACUUUCUUCCAUGGAUGGCCAGGAUUUGCACGGGCGAAACAUUCGUGUCAGUUAUGCCACUGAGCGAACUGGUCCUCGACCAUUUAACGGUGGUGGUGGAGGGGGUGAUUACCGUGGCGGCUAUUGAACAAUUGCUCGGUAAACAAAGAAAGUGGCUUUUAGGCUGUAGCCACAAGUCCCGUCUAUAUGCUUUUCUAUGUUUAGUUCUAGAAGUGGUGUUGUUUCGUCAUUUGGAUUUAUUAGCUUAAUUCUGGGAUUCUAGUUGUGCUGGUUAUGGUUUUCAUAUGUAGUCAGCUGUGGAGAUUGGCAGUAAAGCUUUUCAUUUUGCAUGAUAUCCAGCAUUGUUGCUGAACAUAUGUCUGUGAAGGAUUUUAGUAAGAUUUCUACCGCUUUGUUUGAGCUCUAA